GUCUCAAAAGUUUAGUUUAUAAAGCCAUUUGAUUUUUCAUUCCUUCCCUUCUCAUACUGCACACCAAGAUCAGUUGAGUUUUCUGUAGUAUUCAACCAUGGAGAAUUCUCACCCACUAGCAACUGAGAGUUUUUCUUACAGUUGGUUGACAGACAGAACACCACAUCCCUCCGAUGGAGUUGUCAAUAAUCCCAGGCUGCAAUUCCUCGAAAAUUGCUGUGAAAAUGAUCCAAAUUUCAACUUUGAUGUUCAUUUCACACCUUCCCCUACUCCCCUUGUUCAUGCUGAUGAAAUCUUCUCGGACGGCCACAUCAUGCCGGUGUAUGUCGACAGAUCAAACGUCGUCAGGGCCUUGAGAACGUCGGCUUCUGUUCCUCCAUCUCCCGUUUCUUCAUACUACUUGGAAACUCCAUUUCUUGCUAACAAAAACCAACACUGCUUGCUUGGGAGAUGGAGAAAAUCAUCCAAGAGAAUUUUCCGCAAGUGUUUUGGAUUUGUGAAGCCAUUAUGCCAAUCAAUAGGGCGGUCGAGGAAAAGCAGUAGAGUGGACGAUCUUGAACGAAAAGUAUGUGAAAUUCAAAGCUGGAGCAAUUCUCUUGAGGCAUCGCCAAGACCGAGUUCAGCUUAUUCAGUUGUUGGUUGGUCUGAUGUCAAGAGAAUAGGCAACAACAUUGAUCUUCACUAUGGUCUGAAAAAGGCCAAGAGCUGGCGGAGCUCGCCACGAGCUUCACCGCGUAUAAGCCCAUCUCGUUCUAGUAGUGCUUGUUGUGAUGUUGAGAGCUCAAUCCAUGAAGCAAUUCUCUACUGCAAAAGAUCAAUAGAAAAAUGAGAGAAACAUCUGCCGAUGAAGAAAGAAGAGCAUCCAUUAGAACAGCAAAGGGAUUCCAGAAUAGAAGUUUUAGAUAAUGGUAGCAGAACCAUAUCUUUCAGCCCUUGUCCUUUUGCCUAUUAGCUUUUCCCUUUUUCCUUUUCCUUUUCUUUUCCCUUCAGGAAAAAAAAAAGAAAGAAAAGGAAAGGAUGUGACAAAAUUUUUGAAAUUCCAGGGCAAAAGAACAUUAAGCUGUUGUUAAUCCUAUGUUGUACCUCAGUGUACACAUCUAUGCUUGAGAAAUAGAAUUACAGAAACUGUUGAAUGAUCACUUCUCAUUUUCCAAUUCAGACACUAACUAAAUAUUAAGCUUGUGAAAAAAUUGAAGAAAGAAGUGAACAGUUCCUCACCACACAUGACAACAGAACAUGAUAUCCUUGGCAUCUUCUUACAAUGGUGAUGCUUUCCAUUCUUUUAAGGAUGAGAGGCUUUAAAGGGCCCUCACAUGUCCCCAUUUCCCCCUUUUUGUUCCU